AUGGAGUCCUCCUCCUCCUCCUCGGGCCUGGAGCGCCUACCCUUCAACAACACCGUGUUGAAGAAGCUCCCCGUGGAUGAGUCGGAGCGGGGCGGCUCCAGGACGGUCCGGGGAGCGUGUUUCUCCCGGCUCGGGUCCCUGCAGCCUCUGCUCCGGCCCCGCCUGGUGUCCGUGUCCGCGGCCGCGCUGCGGCUGCUGGGCGUGAGCGCCCCGGAGGUGCUGCUGGACCCGGCGGGCCCGGAGCUCCUGGGCGGCUGCAGGCUGCUGCCCGGCUCCCAGCCCGCCGCCCACUGCUACAGCGGGCACCAGUUCGGCCUGUUCGCCGGACAGCUGGGGGACGGAGCCGCCAUGUACCUGGGGGAGGUGGAACACACCCAGGGGCGCUGGGAGAUGCAGCUGAAAGGUGCGGGGGUCACACCCUACUCCAGAGACGGUGAUGGCAGGAAGGUGCUGCGAUCCAGCAUCAGAGAGUUCCUCUGCAGCGAGGCCAUGGCUGCCCUGGGGAUCCCCAGCACCCGCGCAGCCUCCCUCGUGACCUCCGACCUCUACGUGAACAGGGACCCUCUCAACAGCGGCCACCGCACCCUAGAGCGCUGCUCGGUGGUCCUCCGUCUCGCUCCCUCCUUCAUCAGGUUUGGCUCCUUUGAGAUCUUUCUGGGCCGAGACGGCUCCUCCGGCCUGGAGGGCCCCAGUGCGGGGAGGCAUGACAUCCGCGCCCAGCUGCUGGACUACGUGGUAGAAACCUUCUAUCCUCACAUUCAGCAGGCUCACGGCAGCAGGAGGAAAAGCAGGAAUGGGGUUUUCUUCAGAGAGGUGAUGAUGCGAACCGCUAAGCUGGUGGCCCAGUGGCAGUGUGUGGGCUUUUGUCAUGGAGUCCUUAACACGGACAACAUGAGCAUCCUGGGUCUCACUCUGGACUAUGGCCCCUUCGGUUUCAUGGACAGGUUUGAUCCAGAUUUUGUCUGCAAUGCGUCAGACAAGAGAAGGCGCUACUCCUACCAGGCCCAGCCCUCCGUGUGCCGCUGGAACCUGGCUCGCUUGGCCGAGGCUCUGGGCUCCGAGCUGGAUGCAGGAGCAGCAGCAGCCGUGCUGGAGGACUUCACGCCCACGUAUGAGGAUUUUUACCUGGGUAUCAUGAGGAAGAAGUUGGGACUUGUUCAGAAAGAAGAGGCAGCAGACGGCGAGCUCGUGUCAGACCUGUUGCGUGUCAUGCACAUCACCGGUGCAGAUUUCACAAACACCUUCCAGCUGCUGAGUUGUGUUGGCUGGCCUGAGGAGGGGGAUGGUGAGAGGGCCGCCGCGGGGCCGGUGGUGGCCCUCAUACUCCAGCAGUGUGCCUCUAUUGAGGAGUUAAAGAACAUUGGGAAACAGGCAUACCAGGAUAAUAUAGAAUUGGCAAUGAUUCUGUCCAUGGCAGAGAGCGAUCCGGUGAUGUGUGGGGUGGCGGCGGAGCAGCCUGCGCUGGCCCGGCAGCUGGAGUUGAUCAGGCGGAUGAAGGAGAUUGUUGAGACCGAUGAAGAUCCGCUGAAGGAAAAGCUGCGUGAUGACUGGCUCCGCUGGGUUUGCAAGUACAGGAGGCGUUUGGGCCGUGAGUCGGAUGGCACAGGUGACUUGUCCCUUCUCAAAAGGGAGAGACUCCGGGUGAUGAACAGCAACAAUCCCCGUGUCGUUCUGCGCAACUACAUCGCCCAGAAUGCAAUUCGUGCUGCGGAAAGCGGAGACUUCUCUGAGGUUAACAGAGUUCUGAAAGCUCUGGAGAACCCGUAUGCCGACCCUGAGACGUUCUGUGGCCUUGAUACAUGCGGUGAACAGAAGCCUAAAGAGAGCGAGGUCACCGUUGACUACAGCGCCAAGCCUCCUGCUUGGGCGCGGACCAUUUGUAUCACAUGAUCCACGUAGAGCCUCCCCGGCAGCUGGAGCAGGGAGGUCUGUGUUGGUGGGGACGGAGAGACCGCUGUGCUACCAGGCCCUCAGACGUUCUCCAUUUCUACCCCAGAUUCUCUUUUCUGCAGCUUGAAGGGAGGGUGUUAUGUACAUGUAAGGGUCCUGUGUUCAUUGGUGAGGUUUUUCUUUCAAUGAGUAAAAAGGUGGAAUCUGAAUCUACAUUUGAAUAGAAUAGAGGGUCUGCAUUGACGUCACUUCCCCACUGGACCAGCCCCCUUACUCACACUGAGUGGCAAAAACAUCAGCAAAAACAGCUGCAACUAGUGGAGAAGACGGGAUAACAGACGAUUAUGGGCUUAAAUUAAAGGCAGUUGGACUUGACAGUGACCCGUACAGUUACCCCAAGAACCAGUGGUCCAUGGACAUUAAUAUUUGGUACAGUUACCAAGAACCAGUGGUCCAUGGACAUUAAUAUUUGGUACAGUUACCAAGAACCAGUGGUCCAUGGACAUUAAUAUUUGGUACAGUUACCAAGAACCAGUGGUCCAUGGACAUUAUUAUUUGGUACAGUUACCAAGAACCAGU